GACGACAAUCUUUACACAAGGAUACACAGAAAUAACUUAAAAUAUAUAAACAUUAGACAACCGAAGAAUGUUUUUUUGUGCAAAAAUGUUUUCGUUGUGUCACUUGUUCAUUUCGUUUCCUAUCGGAGACACUUCACUGUGACACCACCUUUUCUUGUCGUCAUUCAUCUUGGGUCAUCGAAGCAAGAGACGAGUGCGGACAGCGGUUUCAGAGACUCUUGCCAUGGAGCUGGCUCACAGUCUGCUGCUCAAUGAAGAUGCUUUGGCACAGAUCACCGAAGCAAAGAGGCCUGUCUUCAUCUUCGAAUGGCUCCGCUUCCUCGACAAAGUGCUUGUGGCAGCAAAUAAGGUGGAUGUGAAGGAGAAACAGAAGAAGCUAGUGGAACAGCUGACGGGGCUGAUCAGCAGUGCCCCAGGACCACCAACCAGAAAACUGUUAGCCAAAAACCUCGCCACUCUCUACAGCAUUGGUGACACCUUCACUGUUUUCCAGACUUUGGAUAAAUGCAACGACAUCAUUAAAAACAAGGAUGACACACCUGCAUACUUACCAACAAAACUUGCUGCUGUGGCAUGUGUUGGAGCUUUUUAUGAGAAAAUGGGCAGGAUGCUGGGGAGCUCCUUUCCAGACACCAUUAAUAAUCUUCUGAAGGCUUUGAAGAGUGCAGAGUCUCAAGGCAGAGGAGAGAUCCUUCUCAGUCUGCAGAAAGUACUGAAUGGAUUGGGGGGAGCUGCAGCUUCAUGCCAUAGAGAUAUCUACAAGAAUGCCCGCUCUCUGCUCACAGACAGAUCGAUGGCUGUACGCUGUUCAGUAGCAAAGUGCCUGUUGGAGCUGCAGAAUGAGGCCGUAUUCAUGUGGACCACAGAACUGGAGAACAUUGCCACUUUGUGUUUCAAAGCCUUGGAGGGUUCCAACUAUGGUGUUCGAGUGGCAGUGGCCAAACUGCUGGGGACGGUCAUGGCCACAGCUCUGAUGCCCAAACAAGCAGCUGUGAUGCGUCAGAAUGUGAAGCGAGCUACCCUGGAGGAGGUGCUGGAGCUGAUGGCUACGGGCUUUCUGCGUGGGGGCUCCGGCUUCCUGAAAAGUGGUGGCGAGAUGUUGAAGGGUGGAGGCUCUGUCAGCAGGGAGGUGCGAGUGGGCGUCACACAGGCGUAUGUUGUGUUUGUGACAACUCUUGGUGGCCAGUGGCUGGAGCGCAACUUCGCUACGUUCUUGUCCCACGUUUUGGACCUAGUGUCACACCCACGAGCCACGCAGACACAUGUCGAGGCCGUGUACUCACGCCGCUGUGUCUCCUUCAUGCUACGCGCCACCCUGGGUGGCUUGCUUGGAGAAAAAGCCCAAAUUGCUGCGGGGAAAGAAAUCUGCCAAGCCAUCAGCAAGCAAAUGAGGGCUGUGGGUAAGGAGGAUGGGGGGGAAAUAUCACGGUUCAGAGCAUUACAGAAGGCGGUUGUAAACGACAUCAGUGGUGAGAACAAGGCUGGGGCAGCUGACGUUUCUGCCAGUCAGCACGUUAUGGUGUGUGCCCUGAAAGAGCUGGGCAGUUUGGUUCAGAGCUUGAGUGCCACAGCUUCACCGCUCAUCCAGGAGCCUUCUAUUGGGCUUCUUGAAACCGUGUCUUCAGUGCUGCUGCACCCGAGCAUGGCGGCAAGAUUAGCAGCUGCGUGGUGCCUGCGUUGCGUUGCUGUGGCCCUGCCCUAUCAGCUGUCUCCCCUGCUGGACCGCUGCGCAGAGAGAAUCAACAACCUGAAGAGCUCACCUGAGGCUGUGAGCGGAUACAGCUUUGCAAUGGCAGCUCUACUGGGGGGUGUACACCAAUGUCCCCUUGGUAUCCCUCACUCUAAGGGCAAGCUGGUGGUCAGUAUAGCUGAAGAUCUCCUGCGUACAGCAGCUCAGAACAGUCGGCUGUCCCUGCAGCGCACACAAGCUGGUUGGCUGCUGCUGGGGGCGCUCAUGACUUUAGGUUCCUCACUUGUACGAUACCACCUCCCUAAAAUGCUGCUGCUUUGGAGGAACGUUUUUCCCCGCUCCCAAAAGGAGCUGGAGGCAGAAAAGGCCAGAGGAGACUCCUUCACUUGGCAGGUCACCCUGGAGGGUCGAGCCGGAGCUCUGUGCGCCAUGCGAAGCUUCGUGGCCCACUGUCCUGAGCUUUUGACAGAAGAUGUAAUCCGCAGGCUAAUGACUCCCAUUGAAUGUGCAAUGACCAUGAUGUCUCAUGUCCCUGCCAUAAUUAAGGCCCAUGGUGCUCAUUUGAAAGCAAGUGCGGCGAUGGUGAGGCUCAGGCUGUAUGACAUCUUGGCUCUCUUGCCUCCUAAGACUUAUGAAGGGAGCUUCAACGCCCUGCUGAGGGAGCUGGUGGCAGAGUUUACAUUGACUGACAACUCUGCCAACACCACCACCUCUCUGCUGCGCUCCCUGUGUCACUACGAUGACAGUGUGCUCAUGGGCUCCUGGCUGCAAGAAACCGACCACAAGUCCAUUGAGGAUCAACUGCAGCCCAACAGCGCGUCUGGCAGCGGAGCUCUGGAACACGAUCCUUCCUCGAUCUACCUGCGUGUGCCUGUUGGCGAGGCCAUCCCGGGGCCUCUGCCUUUGGGCGUGUCAGUAAUCGAUGCUUCAGUGGCGUUGUUCGGUGUGGUUUUCCCUCAUGUGUCAUUUAAACACAGGCUGCAGAUGCUCGACCACUUUGCAGAGUGCAUAAAGCAGGCUAAAGGCGUUCGACAGCAGGCCGUACAACUCAACAUCUUUACUGCAGUGCUCAGCGCCCUCAAGGGUUUGGCAGAGAAUAAGAGCACCCUGGGCCCAGAGGAGGUGCGCAAGUCAGCCCUGGCCCUGGUGAUGGGGGCUUUGGACAAUCCCAAUCCCAUCCUGCGCUGUGCUGCUGGAGAGGCCCUAGGCAGGAUGGCACAGGUUGUAGGAGAGGCAACCUUCAUUGCCAGAAUGGCACAGACCAGCUUUGACAAACUAAAAUCAGCCCGGGAUGUUGUUUCAAGGACCGGCCAUUCAUUGGCGCUUGGUUGUCUGCAUCGAUAUGUUGGAGGCAUUGGCUCUGGCCAGCACUUAAAGACCAGUGUCAGCAUCCUCUUGGCCCUUGCCCAAGAUGGGUCCUCUCACGAGGUUCAGACAUGGGCUCUGCACUCUUUGGCUCUGAUUGUGGAUUCCAGCGGUCCCAUGUACAGAGGCUAUGUGGAGCCCACGCUGUCCCUGGUUCUCACUCUGCUGCUCACUGUGCCACCUUCACACACAGAGGUUCACCAGUGUUUGGGCCGCUGCCUUGGAGCUCUCAUCACCACCGUGGGACCAGAAUUACAAGGAAAUGGAGCCACUAUUUCCACUAUCCGCUCCUCGUGCCUCGUCGGUUGUGCCAUAAUGCAGGACCACUCUGACUCCCUUGUCCAGGCAGCUGCCAUCUCAUGUCUACAGCAGCUGCAUAUGUUCGCCCCCCGACAUGUCAACCUGUCCAGCCUGGUGCCGUGUCUCUGUGUGCACUUGUGCAGCUCUCACCUGUUGCUGCGUCGAGCUGCAGUGGCCUGCUUACGACAGCUCGCCCAGAGAGAGGCUGCAGAGGUCUGCGAGUAUGCCAUGAGCCUGGCAAAGAGAGCAGGAGACAGCAAAGACAGCACUGCAAUCAAUCUAAACAUCACAGAAACUGGUCUGGAAGGUGUUUUGUUUGGGAUGCUGGACCGGGAGACGGACAGGAAGCUGUGUUCUGACAUCCAUGACACACUAGGUCACAUGCUGUCAUCUCUUGCUGUGGAGAAACUUUCUCAUUGGCUGAAACUAUGUAAGGACGUCCUUGCAGCAACUACAGAUGUUGGGGGCCCGGUUACAUUCCAGGUGGAAAAGGAUGAGGAAGACUCUGAGAAAAAAGACGAGAUAGAUGAUGACACCAUGUUCACAGGCCUGGGAGAUGAUGACAAAUCCAAGCCGUCUGUGGCUCCUCGCUGGGUCACUCGUGUGUUUGCCGCAGACUGCUUGUGCCGCAUCAUCCUACUGUGUGAGAAUGCAGACAAAGCGCACUUUGAUCUGGCUACCGCACGCUCUGCAAAGGCACAGAACCCCAAAGGAGAUCUAUUGGUACUCCAUUUAUCUGACCUCAUCCGAAUGGCUUUUAUGGCUGCCACAGACCACAGUAACCAGCUCAGGAUGGCUGGCCUGCAGGCACUGGAAGACAUCAUUAAAAAGUUUGCAUCCGUCCCAGAGCCCGAGUUCCCAGGACAUGUUAUCCUGGAACAAUACCAGGCCAAUGUUGGAGCUGCCCUUCGACCGGCAUUCUCACCUGACACACCCUCUGACAUCACAGCGAAAGCAUGCCAGGUGUGUAGUACGUGGAUCGGUAGUGGCGUAGUCAGUGACCUGAAUGACCUGAGACGGGUCCACAAUCUGCUGGUGUCCUCGCUGGACAAGGUGCAGGCUGGGAAAGGCUCGUCCAGCCAGCUGUACAGUGAAAGCGCCACCACCAUGGAGAAACUGGCUGUGCUGAAGGCGUGGGCUGAGGUUUAUGUGAUGGCAAUGAAGAUCAAGAAGGAGGCGGAGUCAAAGCCUGCCAAACCAGUUAGAAAUGGGGACGAAGACGAGGAAGAGGAGGACCUGGGAGCUGACGUGCUUCCUCCCGACAGUCUCAUCACCUUGGUGCAGCCAGAGCUGCCAUCGCUCAGCCGCCUCUGGCUGGCCAUGCUGCGGGAUUAUGCACUGCUCACUCUGCCAGCUGAAUUUUCCAGUCAGCUUCCACCUGAGGGCGGAGCCUUUUAUACCCCAGAGACGAUAGAUACAGCAAGACUCCACUACCGCAGCUCAUGGGCUCCAGUCCUGCAUGCAGUGGCCCUCUGGCUCAACAGCACUGGGUUUGGAGCAGGUGAAGAUCAAGAGGAGGUCUCUUCAGCCUUCUCCAAGCCGGCCAGCCUUCCACAGGGAGGCUUCUCCACAACAAAGACCUUUGAAGAGUCUGUCAAAGACAGGAUGCAUCUAAUGUUGGGUGUCAGUAUAGAGUUUCUUUGCUUCCCCCGACCAGAGGAACCCAUUGAGCAUGUGCUUUCUUGCCUUCAAGCCCUGUGUACUCUGCUUGACUCUCCAUGUGCAAAGACACAUAUUGCAGAAGAUCAGCUGCUGGCAGUGGAGCUCCUGAAUGUGCUCCACAGGCUGCUGUUGACCCGGGAUCCCCCGGCAGUCCAGCUCCAAGUCACUGCUGUAGUACAGGAGACCAUCAGGGCUGCACAGGAGCACCUUCAGCAAGAACGGACCAAGAAAGGCAAAGAGGAAGAAGGCGAAAAAGACUCGAAGGCCUGCCAGGGGGAAGGGGGAGACACGGGGGAGCUCGUCCCCGGCAAGUCACUAGUGUACGCAGCUAUGGAGCUGCUCGUGUUCAUCCUGGUUCGUCACCUACCACAGCUUAAUUCACGAGUGAAAGAGUCACCCAGCCACGCACCUCUCAAGCCUCAGAGAUUAUCCGAUGAAAGCGCACGCCUGGUGGCAAACACAGUUUCUAUCCUGGCAGAGCUGCCUUCGCUCUGUUCUCCCGCUGGAAGCAUGACUAUCCUACCCACUGUGCUGUUCCUGAUCACUGGGGUUCUGAGGGAAACUGCACUUAAGACGGGUGACAGCUCUGUGCCUGUUCCUGUAUCAGCUGCCCUGCAGGGCAUCAAGACCAUCAUCACCUCACCAAUGGCCCGCGAAGAGAGCAUUCAGACGCAGUGGACUGGCCUUGUGAGGAGCAGCUUGGCAUCUGUACUUGAGUACUCGCAGCCUGAUGAGUCCCGACCUGACAUGGAUGAGGUCAGUAUGCUGACAGCGAUCACGCUGUUCCUUCUGUCGGCCAGCACUGAACUCGUAGGUGUAGUCGUCCUGCAGAAGGGCUGCAUGGACCGCUUCAGAAACGGCCUCAACUCUAGCGACCCCUUGGUUCAGGCCCGUUGUUAUCAGCUGCUGCUCUCAGUGUUUCAACACUCCAGCCGUGCCCUCUCCACUCCUUACAUCCACGCCUUGGCGCCACUCAUGGUUGAGAAGCUGAAGGCGGUUGAGCGCAGUCGACCGGGAACUGCUGCAGAGCUGCAAGCUGUCCAGGAGGGCAUCAGGGUCCUGGAAAAUCUGGUCAGCAUGGGUGAAGAGAAAAACCGGGUUCAGCUGCUGGCUCUUCUAGUACCAACUCUGAUCUCUUAUCUUUUGGAUGAAAAUGCCAUCUCCUCUGCAUCCCAAAUCUCCAAAGGCCUACAUGAUUUUGCCCUUCAGAACUUAAUGCGGAUUGGCCCCCUCUAUCCAGCUGCCUUCAAGAUAGUAAUUGGUGCUGCACCUGAGCUUAAAACCCGUCUGGAAUCUGCUGUACGGGCCAACCAGGCCAGCAGCAAAGCCAAAGCUGCAGCCAGGCAAACUCAGCCAACUGUGCAAGCUGCACCAACCAUUAAACUAAAAACUAGCUUCUUCUGAAGGAAAAAAGGUGCAUUGUACAGUCUCAAAAUUUUGUUUUUUUGUUUUUCUGUCAACAGUGUACAACAUGUACUACAGUUGAUUAAAUGUAUUUAUUUAUGCUACAUCUCAUCAUUGGUUUUAAUAGAUAAGCUGUCUUAUUGAAGUCAAAAUGGUAAUUAUGUAAAUACCAUGAAAAAGACAUUGAAUGUUCACUUAAAAAACUUGAUUUAUAAUCUCAACAAGUUUGAUUUGGAGAAUGUAUCGAAUCCAGACUUUUUCAUAUUUCCCCAUGAUAUUCUCUCCCAAUGCUUCAAAAGCUGGUCUUAACUUGAUAGUCAUGCUGUCUGUAUAAAUUGCUACAACAAUUGUUUGUUUGUUGGAGCUGCCUGAUUUCAACAUGUAGACUUUUAAAUUCUUUUUUCAAAAAUGAUUUUGCUUUUAAAUAAUGUUUUCAACAUUCCCCCAUUAGCUGUUGAACAAAGACAAAACGAGAUUAGUCCUGAUAACAUAUUGAGCCAGCAAUGAGAUUAUAUUAAAACUAACAAAGUAAAUGCAUUUUUUUCCUGCUUGAUUUAGAGAUAAUAGACCAAUAAAUAGAUAGGGAAAAUAAAUACAUCUAAAGAUCAUAUCAUAUAUUGUUUUGUUUCUAAGUUUCCCCUUCUUUGUGUACUGCUAACAAUAUGUGACCAUCAAUUAUGCAGAUUUGUUUAAAUGUACAAUUUGACAUAGUCUUUUGAAUUGGAAUAAAUUUUCUUGGACCCCA